UCCGAGUCUGUCACAGCGGGCUUCACCGAGACCGUUUCACCGCCACCACAAGACUGUGCGAGGGGGAUCACCACCCCGAAAAAGAGGAGGUGACUAGGAGACGCGCAAUCCCGCGAGACCAAGAGGCCCCGCCCGAAGCCCGGCCUCAGUGAUCGGAAGUGAGGCACUUGGCCCCGCCCCCCGUACCCGAUACCUCGCGAGACUUGGGGAAGGCCUUCCUUUUUCGUCUGGGCUGCCGACAUGCCAUCCAGACUGAGGAAGACCCGGAAACUUCGGGGCCACGUGAGCCACGGCCACGGCCGCAUAGGCAAGCACCGGAAGCACCCCGGAGGCCGCGGUAAUGCUGGUGGUCUGCAUCACCACCGGAUCAACUUCGACAAAUACCACCCAGGCUACUUUGGGAAAGUUGGUAUGAGGCAUUACCACUUAAAGAGGAACCAGAGCUUCUGCCCAACUGUCAACCUUGACAAAUUGUGGACUUUGGUCAGCGAGCAGACACGGGUGAAUGCUGCUAAAAACAAGACUGGGGCUGCUCCCAUCAUUGAUGUGGUGCGAUCGGGCUACUACAAAGUUCUGGGAAAGGGAAAGCUCCCAAAGCAGCCUGUCAUCGUGAAGGCUAAAUUCUUCAGCAGAAGAGCUGAGGAGAAGAUUAAGGGUGUUGGGGGGGCCUGUGUCCUGGUGGCUUGAAGCCACGUGGAGGGAGAUUCAUUAAAUGCUGACUACUUUUUCCUUA